GCAUCUUCCUUUCUCAAAUUGUUUAACCUCACCAAUAAGUUUAUUCUCUGCACUUAAAGCAAACUGCUUAGCUCUCAAACUUGUAUGCAGCUAUUGAUUGAAUUCAACAGCAAAAUUCAGAAGGGUACUACCAAAGGCAGUGCAGGAUCUAUACCUUUAUAUACACUAUAUAUAAUCAUGAUGAAUACCGCAUCAAGAAACUUUAUACCAUAAUCCUACUGGUUCAGUUACCCAUGCACCAAUGAUGAGAAAUAUAUGAUGAUUGCUAGUUCAAAAGAAGUGGAUUCUCCAACAAAAAAGGAGGGAGAUACAAGUGAUGGCAAGAUUACCAAGGCUUCAUCUAGUUCAACACCAUGGUUAAGAUUGAAAGAUCCAAGAAUUGUUCGUGUCUCGCGUGCUUUUGGAGGAAAAGAUAGGCAUAGCAAAGUUUGCACCAUAAGGGGGUUAAGGGACAGGAGAGUAAGGCUUUCAGUUCCCACAGCAAUCCAAUUGUACGAUCUUCAAGAUAGGCUUGGACUUAAUCAGCCAAGCAAAGUUGUUGACUGGUUGCUUAAUGCAGCAAAGCAUGAAAUUGAUGAACUCCCUCCACUUCCAAUGCAACCAGUGAACUUUGGCCGGAAUCAUCAAGCAAUUCUAACUUCUUCUCAUGAAUUGGAUGCUUCCCAAUCUAAGAAAGAAGGGUUCAAGACGAAUAGCAGCAUCAAUUGGGAAGAUCCAGGCGGAUUAACAAGACCAAAUUUUUGGAGCAGUGAUUCAAUUUUGAAGGCCAAGUCAAAAGAAGUUGCAAGGGAUUCUGUCCAUGAGAAAGAAAACUGGACAAAAAGAAAUGGUCAAGAAGAUGAUAAACAGGAAAGCAGUGAAGGUCAUAGUAGUGCUCAUCAAGUUCCAUCAAGUAGUUUCUUCCCAAGAGUUAGUCAUUCUUCCUUACCGAGUUUGAUAAAUAAUACGAUGCCAUAUGGUUCCUUCCUUCAAUUAGAGCACACAAAUUGUCCCUUAUCUCGUUUGGGAAGCCAUGGAUUUGCUGCCCAAACGGAUGAUCUACACAACCUAAAUGCUGUGCCAUUACCAUCUACUUUGUCUCUAUCAUCUGGAUCUCAAAUUUUGGUGUGUCCACCUGGAACAGCACAACCUUAUUUCCCUUCACAUGUUACAGCAGCUUCAACGGAGAUUGAUCCAAGACAAACGAACCACUUUCAGAUGUUGACCUCAAGCACUCAAAAUCUGUUUCCAAAUUCCCUCACUCCAAGUCCUUAUCCUAUGAACCAAUCUGCUAGACCUUUCCAUUUCAGUGCAACUCCCAGGCUUUUCCAUCCCCACAGUAGUGGAAGUCAUCAAACAGAUAAGGACCAGGAGUUUCCUUGUAAAUGACACGAAAUUACAAACAAAAAUUGCAAAACAAUAGAAACAAGCGCCCCCUCUUCUCAAGAGAAAUAAACAAAGCUUCGAGCUUUUAUCCCAGGUGAGAGCAAAACUUGUCCUAAGUUUUCAAGUGUUUGCUAGAAGACAGUCCUUUUAUGUUCAUGUGUUUACUGAAGUUAUGAUCCUACGUUUGGUUUCGUAAUUUUUGCUUCUGCGGUGUCUGGUCAUCAAUUCUAGGACAAUUUUCCUUUCUGUUCUUUUCUUUUUUCCUCCUAAUAAUUUUAAUGCUGUAUGAACUUAUGAACUCUCUUUAUAAGUUCAUAUUUUCGAUUGAAUACCUAUUUGUAGAGUCAUAAAUCUAAGAAAGAACUAUUAUAAUUAUUGUGCUAAA